AUGAUUAAUAAUGAAUCCGUAAUUUCAUUUUUUUAUAAUGAAACAGCUUAUCAAUUCUAUAGUGAAUUAGUUGAUAUUCAUUAUGAUAAAUAUGUUUUUUUUGCUGUAUGUUCAGCAUUAGUUGGUUUACCAUUAAAUAUUCUUCUACUAGUUAUUCUUAUACGAAAUGGUUUAUUUAGUCGACGUAAUAAUAAUAAUAAUAAUAAUAAUAAUGAUUCAACGCAAAUAUCAUAUUUAAGAAAUACUCCAACAGGUUCAUUUGAAAGAUUUCUAUUUGAAAUUAUUUUUAUUGAUACAUUAUUAAUUCUUUAUCAUUUUAUGGAUAAUUUUUUAAGUUAUAUUCAUAAAGAUCGUUCAGCUGGUCAACAUUAUUUAAUACAUGUAUCAGAUUUUUGUUGUAAAUUUUUUACAUAUUUUGCUAAAAUGAGUGUUCUUCUUGCAACAUGGUUAUUAUUUUUUUUGAUACUUAAUCAAUUUAUUUUAACAAUGAAAUAUAAUGAGGAAUAUUCAUGUUGGAAUCGUAGUCUAUAUUAUAUUAAUGCAAAAUACUCAACUGUUUUUCUUAUAUUCAUUUGUGGUAUUUACAAUAUAUAUCCAAUAGAAGUUCUUAAGUAUCAAAAAAAAGAAGAUUUACAAGAUUAUCAGCAAGUAGAAGGAGUUGCUGGUGUAUGUUCAAUACUAUUAGAUGCAACAAAUAAACAAUUAUUAAAUGCAACUAAUUAUGGAUAUAAUCUGCUUGGAAUUUCUAUGCCAUGUAUAAUUAUAUUUAUUACUUCAAUUAUAAUUAUAUAUCGUACAUGUCAAAAUAAAAAAUAUGAUGAAAAAUUAAAUAAUUCUUUUCAAUAUAUUGCUGCAACUAUUGGUAUUAUACAUUCAUUUUUUAAUUUACCAAGUCGAUUAAGUGAUAUAUUACUUAUGUCAUUAUCACCAUAUUCACCAUUUUAUUCAUAUUUAAUUAAUUUUAAUCAUGAAGUACAAUCAUUUAUAACUUUAUCAUAUGCAUAUAAAUGUUUUAUUUGUAUUAUUCUAUCACGACGAUUUCGUUUUCAUGCAAAAAAUAUUUUAUGUUUUUUAAUUGAAAAUAAAUAUGAAGAUCGAUAUCAAAAUCGAACAAAUCGUUUAUUAAAAUUAAAUAAUCAAACACAACAUUAUAUAACAAAUCUUCGGUCAUUAAAAAUACCUGUUAACCAACCAACGACAAAGAAGUUCUCAGUUCAAACAAUUAAUAACGACAAUUUAUGUAGUUAUACUAUAUCUGAAGCAUUAUACUGGAUACGACCCUAUUUUACUCGAAACAAAAAGCAACAUUUGUUACGACCGUGGGCCCGUUCAGCCAGCUGUCAUCAAUUAUCGACGACAUUUUCAUCGUCGCAUACUUUAUCACCUUCCUCACGUAUUAUAACACAUCCUACACCCUAUUUUGUUCUUAUUAAUUUACCAAACGGAUUUAUUGGUAAUACACUGGCACUUAUCACAUUUUCCAGCCCACGUAUGCGUCAAAUCUCCAGUAGUAUAUUUCUACUUAUUCUUUCAAUUAGUGAUUCUAUUGCACUUAUAACAUCCUUAUGGUUCUUUUUGGCUGAUGCAUUUUCUAUUCAAUUACAAAAUUAUUCUGCACUUGCAUGCCGUUUCCGUACAUUUUUUGCAUAUGUUUUUAUGGAUUUAUCAUCAUGGUGUAUAGUUGGUUUAGCAUUUGAUCGUUUUUUACGUACAGAAAUUCCUUUACGUUCUAAAAGAAUAUGCACACCACGUAAUGCAUUAGUAAUGAUUUCAAUAUGUUUUCUUAUUUUAUGUGGUAUUAAUGGACAUUAUUUUUCUCCAGGUAUUGGUCAAGAACGUGGUGGAAAUCGUACAACAGCACAUUGUUUAGAAAAUCGUGAAACAUACCCAAAAUAUUAUUAUUUUUAUAAAAUAAUUUGGCCAAAAAUAGAUAUGAUUGUUUUUUGUUUUUUACCAGCUUGUAUUAUGAUAUUAUGUAAUAUACGUAUUAUUUAUAUACUUCGACGAAAUCGUCAUCAUUUUGAAAAUCAUGGAAAUACAAUUGAACAAAUAACAAUAACAAAUAUUCAUUUAACAUUAAAUGGUAUUAGUCCUAUGAAACGAACUUCAUCACAUCGAAAAGCUAUUGAACGACAAAUGUCAUUAAUGAUGUUAUCAUGUGUUAUUGUAUUUCUUUGUACAACAGUACCUGUAACAAUUUAUCUUAUUUUUAUUGAACAAACUAUUGUAAAUAAUCCAAAAUUUGCACGUGAUGGUGCAUAUUAUAUAUUUAUAUUUCGAAUGCUUCGAGCAAUAAUGUAUUUACAUUUUGCUUGUAAUUUUUAUUUGUAUUGUUUAACAAGUCAAAUAUUUCGUGGUGAAUUUUUACAAACAAUAACAUGUCGAAAAUUUGUUUUUAAAACAAAUCAAGAUGGUACCAGUCUAGGAUUAAAUAGAAUGAUUGAUACAUCAACUGUAUAA